UGUGCUGUGACUUCCAGGAUCCUUUGCUCUGAGGCAUCUCCACCAUGGCCUGGCUGUUCCUCCUGCUCCCCUUCCUCUCCCUCUGCACAGAUUCCGUGGCCUCCUAUAUACUGACUCAACCUCCCUCAGUAUCAGUGGCCCUAGGUCAAAAGGCCACAAUCACCUGCUCUGGAGAUAAAAUCUCAGGCAAGAGUGUUCACUGGUACCAGCAGAAGCCAGGCCAGGCCCCUGUGCUGGUCAUAUAUAAUGAUAAUAAGCGUCCCUCUGGCAUCCCAGACCAAUUCUCUGGCUCCAACUCAGGGAACACAGCCACCUUGACCAUCAGCAAAGCCCAGGCUGGAGAUGAAGCUGACUAUUACUGUCAGUGUUGGGAUAGCACUGAUGAUCAUCCUUCACUGUGGUAUGUUUUCGGCGGAGGAACCAAGCUCACCGUCCUAGGUCAGCCAAAGUCUACUCCCACAGUCACAGUGUUUCCACCUUCAUCUGAGGAGCUCAAGACAAACCAAGCCACAGUGGUGUGUAUGAUUAACGACUUCUACCCGGGCAGUGCAACAGUGACCUGGAAGGCAAAUGGUGUACCGAUCACCCAGGGUGUGCACACUACAAAUCCCUCCAAACACAACAACAAGUACAUGGCCAACAGCUUCCUCACUUUGACAGCGGACCAGUGGAGAUCUCACAAUCGCUUGUCCUGCCAAGUUACACAUGAAGGGAACGUUGUAGAAAAGAGUGUGUCCCCUACAGAGUGUCUCUAGGAGCCCAGCCUUUCCUUGGCCUAGGGGUCCCAGAAUGGGGUCUCUUCUCUGUGCUACAAAUCUCAACCUUGCUCUUUUACCCACUGAAUAUUCAAUAAAAUAUCAUUGAUCAGAA